CCCGCGGCCGGAAGAACAACCACACGUCGAAGAGAGCGCCCGGCGAAGGAGGGCCCCCGGGACCAAGCCCCCGACGCUGGGGCACCGAGGCCGACCCCUCAGGUGCCGCCUGGGGCCACAUGCUGCCCUCUUGCUCAGAUGUUUGACCUACGGUAGGAAAAAGCAGCUGCCUCCAGCAGGUUGGAUGUGAAUGGACCAGGCCUGGGACGGAGCCCAUGGGCCUUGGCCAAGCAUAGCCAGUGUCCGAGUGCGGACGCUGAGCUGGCAGAGCCGGCGCAAGCCCCGCCCCCAGAGCACGGCCCCGGGGGCAGCCACAGCAGGUUGCCGGAGGGGGUUGCCGCCAGAGGAGCACCUCUCACCUGCCCGACUGCAGGCCCUGGCCCAGGUGGAUGACCUCCGACUGGUGAGCGUGCUGGAGCUGUGUGUCAACACCCACGAGAACAGCCUGGGGAACUUUGGGCUGCACCUGCCCAACCUCAGCCAGCUGAAGCUGAAUGGCAGCUGCCUGGGCUCCCUGAGGGACCUGGGCACCUCCCUGGGCCACCUGCAAGUGCUGUGGCUGGCUCGCUGUGGCCUGGCUGACCUGGAUGGCAUCGGCUCCUUCCCGGUCCUGAAGGAACUCUACCUUUCCUACAACGACGUCUCGGACCUGAGCCCGCUGUGCCUGCUUGAGCAGCUGGAGGUGCUGGACCUGGAGGGCAACUGUGUGGAGGACCCGGGGCAGCUGCGCUACCUGCAGCUGUGCCCGCGGCUGGCCACGCUCACCCUGGAGGGCAACCCGCUAUGCCUGCGGCCCAGCCCCCGCCCCGCCCACCAGGUGCCCCAGGACUACAACUACCGGGCAGAGGUCAGGAAGCUCAUCCCCCAGCUGCAGGUCUUGGAUGAGCUGCCAGCCACACACACACGACUGCCGACCUCCCGGAAGCUAGACCACGACUGGCUCAUGGUGAAGGAGGCCAUCAAGGAGGGCAGCGUCCUGGACAGCCUGCUCCCCGGGCUGGGUUCUCCCCAUGGAUCCCCCGUUUGGAGACGCAGCCCUGAGCUAUGCUCACCUGAGACCCAGUGCAGAGCCCCCAGGCCCUGGCCCCUCUCCCUGCUGGUCCCCGGAGGCCCCCUGCCUGCAGGCCUUCUUCCCCAGGGCCCAGCCCCAGAGGACGACGCCAGCAGCCUCACCCACGGUGCCGGCCGGGUCCUCUGUGGAAACCCCGCCAAAGGCCUGCAGGAGCGCCGGCACCAGUGCCAGGUACAGCCUGCUCCCCCCGAAGGCCGUGCCCCGGCCUGACAGCGCCUGCCCCAGCACCCCCCUGAAGACCUGGCCGCCCGGGCCUCCGCCCCGGGGCCUGACACUGCAGACAGCCGCCGCCUCCUGGCCUCGGCCGGGCUUCCGGCCUUGAGGGAGCUGCGCCUGCGUCCCCUCCCCAGUAGGUUUCUGGAGCCCCGGGAGGAGGGGGCCGCCGCCCCCAGGGGCCCACAGAAGGGCCCUGAAGAAGAGCAGGACAAGGCUGGGCCCAAGACUCGCCCCAGCCCCCCGAGCCUGGCCCCAGAGCCUUCCAGGACCUUGGGCUAUAACCUGACCCCCUCUCCUCCCAAGUCCCUCAUGCCAUCUGACAGGGGCAGCAGCUCGUGGGGGUCCACAGAUCUGCAGUUCCGGGGGCGUCGCCUCAGAGCCCUGGGUAGUCUGGGGCCUGGCCUGGGUCAGGGGCUGGCUGCAGUGACUGCUCUGAGAGCCCUAGAGGUGGCCUCAGGCCCCAGCCCUCGAGCCGAAGGCUGUCCAGGCCCAAAGCCAGCACCAGAUCCAGCAGCCAGACCCCCAGCCUCCGAUGCAUGCCGCACCUGAACCUCAUCACCCCAGCCCACCCCCACCCCUAGUGUACACCACUACCCACUGCCAGGCUGGCCUGGGCGGUAGGCAAGGGCGCCAGGGCGAUUGUGGGAGCCCCCUUGUGAACUCUGGUCUCACAGAACCCAGAGGACCUGGGCGGGUGUGUUGGGGGGUGGGAAGUGAGCCUGGCACAGGAGAGGACCCUCUUGAUAGAGGGAAGUUAGGAGUUGGGACCACCACGUGUGGGAAGAGGGGGAGCCCA